AUGUACUUCACUACCACCACCCUGCUGGCGCUGGCCAGCACCGUGUCGGCGCACAGCAUGAUGUUCUCGGCCUGGGUCAACGGCGUCGACCAAGGCGAUGGCCGCAGCGUCUACAUCCGCUCGCCCGACUCCAACUCGCCCGUGAAGGACCUCGCCAGCCCGGACAUUGUCUGCAACGUCAACGGCGGCAAGGCUGUCCCGUCCUUCGUUAAGGCGGCCGCCGGCGACAAGCUGACGUUUGAGUGGUACCACAACUCCCGCGGCGACGACAUCAUUGACCUCUCGCACAAGGGCCCCAUCAUCACCUACAUUGCGCCGUACACCGAGGGCAACGGCGCCCAGCCGAUCUGGAGCAAGAUUGCCGAGGACGGAUUCGCCAACGGCAAGUGGGCGGUCGAGACGCUGGUGGCCAACAAGGGCAAGUACGACUUCACCCUGCCGUCCGCCCUCGCGCCGGGCAAGUACCUCGUCCGCCAGGAGAUCAUCGCGCUCCACGAGUCCGACACGGCCUUCAACGCCAACCCGGCGCGCGGCGCCCAGUUCUACCCGUCGUGUGUGCAGGUCGAGGUGACCAGCGGCGGCUCGGCCGUGCCGGACGAGAACUUCGACUUCGGCACCGGCUACACCUACUCCGACAAAGGCAUCGUCUUCAACCUGUACGGCUCCUUCAGCAGCUACCCCAUCCCCGGUCCGGCCAUCUGGAACGCCGCUUCGUCUGGCGGUUCUGCCCCUGCCCCGACUCCCACCUCCGCCCCGGCCGCCACCUCUGCUCCGGCUGCCACUACGGCCCCCACCACGCUGGUCACCUCGGCCUCUGCUAAGCCCGUGCCCACCCGCUGCGCCGGGCGCAACAAGAAGAGGAACAUGCGCAAGAACAAGGCCGUUCUCAACAGCGCUGUUGGUGUUUAAAUAAAUGAAAUCAAAGGUCGUGGGAGGGCCGCAAGUGUGGAGCGGACUGCUAUCUAUCGUUGGUGCCCUGCUGCAAGAAAAGAAGGGCGCAAACAUUUUUCACAAAUCUGGCACUGCGUGCCCCUGGCAGGCCUUCUUCUGCCGUUUAUUUUCUUGUACAUAGAGUAAUUUCUUGCACAUAAUCCUAUCAUGUGGAUCAACCUUCUCGUCAUC